UAUCCAUGCAUUCAUUCCCAAAUAGCCAAGCACGUUGCAUUCAAUUUAGAUCAAAGUCUUAUUUUUCGUUGUUUUAUGCAUAAAUAGUGUGUAUUUAUUUUGUGGGUAUCUCUGCUUAUAGCCAGAGCACAUUAGUGGAGGACGAAGCAUCCACAUUUGUGCACUCAUUAAGGGUUGUGUAUACAGUCUUGGCCUACUUUGUAGAGAGGCUGUUUUCAUGACUCAAACUGUAACUUGUAGGCUAUAAGUGGAGUAACUUUAUUGUUACGCCGAAGCCGCCCUCUCUCUCCUUACUCUUUUAUCGUUUCCUCACAAUCGACCAUAUCAAUAGAAAUAAGGCUCACUCGAUUAGUUUAAUCCGUGGCAGAAGAGUUGAAUAUUCUUGAUAAUAGUCAAAGUAAAGUAUUUACCUAUGGGCCAAGUUGGUGUUUAGUAUAUUGAAAAGAAGCGAGAAUAACACAAAUCUUGGAUUAUAAAAGCUGUGAACAUAUACUUUGCGCCAUAAGCUACGAAAUCCAAAGAAAAGAGAAUAAAAGAAAAAGCAGUAGAAGCUUCACUGGCACAGCUUGUAAAGCUCAUGCAAACUUAGCCUACAAAAUCCCUCAACAUCACACCAUUGUAGUCACAUCUCCCAAUUCCAUCCAAAAACUAAGUUUUUUGAUUGUAUCUGCAACAGUCUCGCUCUUUUUCAAUGGCUGCUAAAACAGUUUCAAGAUCAAAUUAUCUGAUCAAAGCUUUCAAUUUGCUGGGGCUCUUUUGUCUAUUGUUGUUCUUGCAGAAAGGAAAUGCAACCCAAUUCACCGUUGGAGGAGCAAAGGGUUGGACUGUGAGUGACAAUGCCAGUGCAUCCAAUUUCAAUCAAUGGGCUGAAAGAACAAGAUUUCAGAUCGGAGACUCCCUGGUGUUUGUGUACAAGCCAGACCAAGACUCAGUGCUUCAGGUAACCAAGGAAGACUAUGACAAUUGCGCUACAACAGCAGCUCUUGCAACCUUCAAAGAUGGUCACACUGUCUUUACAUUCAAUCGAUCGGGGCCGCACUACUUCAUUAGUGGAAACAAAGAUAAUUGUCUCAAGAAUGAGAAGUUGGUGGUAGUUGUUUUGGCAAGCAGAAGCAAUCAAUCUUCUAACGCUUCACCUCCACCUUCAGCUGAGACGGGCGUGAUCCCAUCUCCUGCACCUGCCGGAGAGGGGUCUCCUCCUGCAGGAACAGUUGAGACAAGCCCAACUCCGUCUCCAGCUGGCGAGACGCCGAAUGCAGCUUCUUCCACAUUUAUAAGUUUCACUGGUUCUAUUGGAGCAUUCUUUGCUUCAUCUCUUAUUUUAGUAUUCUGAGUGGUAAAUUUGCAUUAUCAAGAGUUUCACUAUAUAUUUGUUUCGGGUUUUUGCUUUUCUUUAUGAUUUUAAAACCUUGAGCUUAGUGGGUUUUUGAAAGGUGUAAUUGAUCUUGGAUAUUUAUUUGUUACAGAUGAGAAAUAAGCUGACAAUUUAUGUAUUGUCUGUGUGCUUAUUACCUCAUGUAGGAACAUUGUGUGGCAGAAAAUAAAGAAAAUUUACACCGUGUCAUGGUUGCAAGAA